AUGCCAGUAAAAGGCACAGUGGUGAAAGAUGUAGCAGUCCCAAGUGACAGCAACAUCUGGAAGGAGUAUCAGAGGCUGGAGAAGUACCAGGGCCUGAAAGAGCAACUGGAGAGUAUGGAGAAAGUGAAGGGCAAAGUGGUCCCAAUGAUAGGUGGGCUACACAUGGCUCAGAUCACUCUGUCUCUGGUCACCUUUGUCCUGGCUCUUUUCAGAGGAGGGAGCAGCCAUACCUACUGGAUCUACGCGAUGUUCACCUGGACCUUCUGCCCAUUGAUGACUCUCAUGAUCACCAUCAUUGAGAUGUUUAAGCUUGAUAUCAUUCUCAAGUUGUGCAUGGACUGGGAUGACUUCACCACAGGGAUGGCCAUGUCUUCAACACUCAUGACAGUUUCUGUUGCUAUUACCUAUGCCAACUUCUAUGCUUGCCUGAAAUGUCUCUAUGGCUGGAUAGUGAGUGUGUUUGCUUUCUUGUGUGGUUUUGUUUACAUACUUGAAGUGGUGAAGGAUAAAUUCCUGGACAAGAAGAAGGGACGCUACCUGGCUGCAUUACCUGGAUUCUUGAAGGUUAUGGAGGCCUUUGUGAGCUGCAUCAUUUUUAUAUCACUGACUGGUUACAGAGACAAGCCCGUUCUGAUCUUGUGCAUUAUAGCAUAUGUCAUUCCAUUCCCCAUCCUUCCAGUAAUCAUAGCCACCAACAUCCUCAAAAAGCUGAAGAACUGUUUGCCAUUUAACUUGGACAGGUUUGUGUUUAUUUUCCUGGUGAUCUCUGUUGUGCUUUAUAUAUUUGCUGCAAUCAUGUGGCCCAUUUUUAUGUUUAGAAACAACCCUCGUCCCAGUGACUGCCCACCCAGCUUUUGUAUCUGGGCCAUUCAGUUUAUGGUCGCAUUUAUGACCUAUGUGAAUCUAAUUCUUUUCACACUGGACCUCAUUUUUACUUUGUUGGGUAUCUGUGGCUUUACACGCACAUAA